AUGCUUCAUAGGGAUACAAAAUACCCUAUCAUUCUCCCCAAGGAUCAGUGGGUGACAAAGUUACUGGUAGAAAGCUAUCACGUUCGCUUUCUACACGGAAAUCAUGAAACAGUUGUAAACGAGAUCAGACAGCGGUACUGGAUUCCUCGGUUGCGCGUUGUAGUAGCGAAGGUCGCCAAGCAAUGCCAGAUCUGCCGGAAUGGGAAAGCAGUGCCACAGGCUCCGGUUAUGGCACCGCUGCCUGAAAUUCGACUGACCGCUUACAUACGUCCAUUUACACACACUGGGGUAGACUACUUCGGACCGGUAUUUGUGAAGCAGGGUCGAAGUCUGGUCAAACGAUGGAUCGCGUUGUUUACAUGUCUGUCUAUCAGAGCAGUACAUUUAGAAGUCGUACACAGCCUGUCCACCCAGUCAUGUGUGAUGGCUAUUAGGAGGUUCGUGGCGCGCAGAGGGUCACCGGAGACAUUUUUCUCCGACAACGGAACCAACUUUGUCGGGGCAAACAAUCUUCUGCGCGAACAACUCCGUGGAAUUUAUGAUCGCUGUGCCGUGACAUUUACCAACUCAGCCACACAAUGGUUAUUUAAUCCACCACUUGCGCCUCACAUGGGAGGACCCUGGGAGCGCUUGGACAGAUCAGUCAAGACGGCAAUGGCCGCAAUUGCAGAUCACCCACACCACCCCAGUGAUGAAGUUCUUGAAACCGUAAUACUCGAAGCUGAGUCAGUAGUCAACUCGAGACCACUCACUUACAUUCCGCUAGAGCACACUGAGCAAGAGGCGCUUACGCCCAACCACUUCCUGCUUUACGGUACGAAAGGCAUCAAUCAACCGCUUCGGGACCAGAUCGAAAGCACCGGGACACUGAGAGAUAGCUGGAAAUUGGCGCAGCAUCUGGUGAACACAUUCUGGAGUCGCUGGAUUCGCGAAUAUUUGCCAACUCUAACAAGGCGUACAAAAUGGUUUCAACCAAUAAAGCCGAUUAAACCUGGGGAUCUGGUGAUGAUAGUUGACGGAGGAAAACGGAACGGAUGGAUAAGAGGGCGUGUCAUCAACAUCGUAAAGGCAAAGGAUGGGCAAGUUAGGCGGGCGUUGGUGUACUCGAAUAGAGGAACUGUAAACCGACCUGUCACUAAGCUGGCUUUGUUAGACGUUCAGUCGGCUUCGGAAGAACCGGAAGUGGAUGUCUCGGGCGUACCGGAACUACACGGGCGGGGGGAUGUUGCCGAACCCACUGUGCAGUCGUCACCGGUUGUCAGUGAGUCCCGGUCACGCAUGACAGACUACCAACAGAACGGACAUAGAUCAGCGUCAAAUGAUAGAUAA